CCUCCAUCAAUUCAGACGAACUCCUCACUAUUUCAAACCUCCCAAUUACCGAGGAAAGUUUGUCUCGAAAUACCGUGUGGGUUGUUGAGUUGUGAAAUCCGUCACAAUGUCUGCCGGAGACCUCCAGCCUUCCUUGGAAGCCGUACGGGAUCUGCUGAAAAAGUUCAAUGGCAAACCGAAUGCUCCAAAUCGAGUCCCCGUCUUUUCUGAAAUCUCCUCCGACCUGAUCACUCCUUCACAGGCAUACCUCAAGAUCUCCGCACAAUACAAGUCCGAGUUCUCCUUUUUAUUUGAGAGUGCGGCGUCGGAGAGGGUUGGAAACUACAGCUUUGUGGGUGCAGGUCCUCGAAAGGUCCUCAAAACUGGAGAAGGACAUGGCGAGUCUGUGGAUCCACUCCCAGGUCUGGAGGCAGAGCUUGCGAUGACCAGGGUGGCAGAAGUUCCAGGAUUGAAACUACCACCACUCACUGGAGGAGCCAUUGGUUAUGUUGGUUACGACUGCGUGCGGUACUUUGAGCCAAAGACUGCCAGGCCGAUGCAAGAUGUAUUGAAAGUGCCCGAAUCGUUAUUCAUGCUGUUCGAUACGAUCGUCGCCUUUGAUCGAUUCUACGAGGCUGUAAAGAUCAUCACCUACCUUCACAUUCCCGAGGAUCCUUCAAAUCUUGAAGAUGCCUAUAGGAAAGCCGAAACUACCAUCUUCGAGAUGAUCAAUGUGCUUCUGUCCGGAGAUGCAACCCCCCCCUAUCAACCCCCUAUAAAACUCGACCAGAAAUACACUUCGAACAUCGGACAGGCAGGAUACGAAGGACAUGUCAAGAAGUUGAAGGAGCAUGUUAUGGCAGGUGAUAUCAUCCAAGCUGUACCGUCUCAACGAAUCGCUAGGCCAACUUCUCUUCACCCCUUUAACAUAUACCGACAACUACGGAGAGUAAACCCAUCUCCAUAUCUGUUCUACAUAGACUGCGAAGGAUUCCAAAUAAUCGGUGCUUCUCCAGAACUUCUUGUGAAAGAAGAAGAAGGACGCAUCAUUACCCACCCGAUUGCUGGAACUGUGCGAAGGGGGAAAAAUCUCCAAGAAGACGAUGUGCUUGCGGAAGAACUUCGACAGUCAUUAAAAGAUAGAGCAGAACAUGUCAUGCUUGUUGACCUUGCGAGAAACGACGUCAAUCGAGUGUGUGAUCCGUUGACUACCAGAGUCGAUCGCUUAAUGGUUGUGGAGAAGUUCAGCCAUGUCCAGCAUCUGGUUUCGCAGGUUUCCGGAGUCCUGAGAAAGGGCAUGACUAGAUUUGAUGCUUUCAGGUCUAUAUUUCCCGCUGGUACCACCUCUGGAGCACCCAAAGUAAAGGCAAUGGAACUCAUUGCGGAACUGGAGAAGGAGAAGCGAGGCGUCUAUGCUGGAGCCGUGGGCUACUUUGGUUAUGCGAGCGUUGAUACCGAUGGCAACGAAACCGAGGGAGCGAUGGAUACCUGUAUUGCCUUGAGGACCAUGGUGUUUAAGGACAAGAUCGCAUAUCUGCAAGCAGGGGGCGGCAUAGUGUUUGAUUCGGAUCCCUACGACGAGUACAUCGAGACGAUGAAUAAGCUCAGGGCCAGCAUGACUUCCCUCCAGAAUGCCGAGGAGCGAUAUCUGAAGGAACAAAUGAAUGGAGGAAAGCCGAUGCUGACUCCUUACCCCACCAAGAAAAGGGAGCAGCAAGAUGGGUACUUUGCAUGAUAAAAAAUAAAAAUUGGAGUCAAUCUUUCCUCUCCUGAUCAGCCGUUUUAGUGUAGACCAGACCAGUUCAGUCCUCAUUGGCCAACUCAAAGCCCCUGAUCGCUUCUCAUAUUGAAACAAC